AUGAUGAUGAUGAUGCUGAGAUUGUUAAAAUGGGGUGGGGUGGUGCAGGAGGUGUUUGAUAAAGAUAGGUUCAAGGCAGAUGACAAGAUGGGCCAUGCCUCUCUCAGCCUUCAACCGCUUAUCUCAGUUGCCAGACUAAGACAUAUAGUCCGCGUGUCCUCUGGUGAGACAACGCUUAGGAAGGUGUUACCGGAUCCAGAGAACUGCGUAUCUCGGGAGAGCACAAUCAGUUGCAUAGACGGAGAGGUGGUGCAGAGCGUGUGGCUGAGGCUGUGUGCUGUUGAAUCGGGUGAGAUUGAGUUGAAGAUAAAGUUGAUUGAUCCUCCUGGAACAAACAAGUAGCAAUA